AUGGAGUUUUAUCUGGAGAUUGACCCCGUUACCUUGAAUCUCAUCAUUCUGGUAUCUAGCUAUGUAAUUUUGCUUCUGGUUUUCCUGAUCUCCUGCGUGCUCUAUGACUGCAGAGGGAAGGAUCCCAGCAAGGAAUACGCCCCUGAGGUCCCUGCAGACAGCCAGCCCCCGAUCCGGCUGGUGGUGAUGCAGCAGGGCUCCCCUGGCACCCGCUGGGCAAAGGGGCUCAUCUCUGCCUACGAGAACCCCGCUGACCUGCCUGGGAAAAGGACUACAGUGGUGUGAGGGACCCUGCCUGCAGCUCCAGCCCCUGCCUCUCUGCUAUGUUUACUCCCCGUGUGCAGCAGGAGGAUGUGAU